ACGCACCAAUGAAAAUUUUAGAUGACAAUUACACAGGAAUCCUGAAAUUAUUUUCCAAAGAUAUUGGUAUGCUUGACAAUACAUUACCAUUAAGAAUGUUCGAAACGGUCCUAUGGUUUAAUUUUGUUAUUGUAAUUCUGGUACAAAUCGUCUACGUCAAUUGGUACUUGAUUUUCCCUUUAGUCGUUUUACUUCUGGUUUAUUGGAAAAUUGCAGUUUUUUACGUACCGAGUAUUCAAAGCGUUAAAAAUUUAGAAGGAAAAAUCCCGAUCACAAAUUUCGUCAUAUCAACUCUACGUAAUCUUGAUAGCUCACUUACUGAUUACAUUGAAUGGACCAUGCAUCGAGAAUUUGAUUCUCGUUUGGACGAUCGCACGGCUACACGAUUUCUGGUUUUAGCUACGUCAGCCUCUCUUGGAUUAUGGUUAGAUAUGAUUACGCUCGUUUUCAUUACCGUCAUUGUAGUGACAUUCACCAUGCAAAAGGCUGCCAUGCAAGUGAUGGGCGUUUCCUUUGUCGGUCUGGCACUGACACUGGCAGUGAAUUUGUUGGGUUCCGUGCGCACUUGUCUCAAAGCUUACGCAGAUUCACACGAUAAGUUAAAAGACGUAAAAAAGAUGAUGACUAUUGAUAAUAUGGAACAAGAGAUGGAUGAUCAAGUUUUAGUGAGGGUACCUCUGGGCUGGCCUAAAAAAGCAGAAAUGAGAUUCGAUAGGCUGAAGAUUUUAGACAGAGAAAUUAGUUUCACUGUUGCUCCUGGUACUAAAGUAGGUAUCGUUGGCUGUACGAGUGCAGAGAGGAAAGCGCUCAUUGGAGCUAUCUUCAGGCUGUUCAGGGCCGAAGGUCAAUUGUACAUUGACAAUAUAGAUAUUCAAAAGAUUUAUCUCCAUCACUUGCGGGUAAAGAUGUCUAUAAUUCCUAAGGAACCAGUGGUAUUUCCCACCACUUUACGUAACAAUCUCGACCCUACAGAUAAGCAUAACGAUGAAAAACUGUGGACGGCGCUCGAAACCGUCGGCUCAGAGUCAUAUUACAAUUUAUUGGAUGAACAACUCAGAAACGAAGAUUUAGAUAAACAUCAGCGUCGUUUGAUAGCCUUGGCACGCGCUGUGCUAGAAAACAAUAAAGUACUUGUACUUGAAGAUGGAGAUGAUGAGCAGCUUUGCAAUCUGGCCAAAUUGAUAUUCAGUGAACAGACUGUUAUUGGAUUUUUACGGGGAAUCGAUGAAAUCAAAGGUGAUUGGGACAGAGUAGUUGUACUCGAGGGUGAUAGUGAUAUAGACUGCUGUGACAGCGUGAAAUGUGAUAGUGAAAAAAAUUGUUGAUAUAUUAUUAGAUUUAUAGAUAUUGUAUGCUUGGGGUUCGAAGGAAACGAAAAAAAUUAUAAUUAUAUGUAAAUUUUUAUAAUAAAUUGUAUAGAUUUAUUGCUAUUGUAUAAAUUUUUA